AUGGCCGCCGCCGCCGUUCACCAGAUCCCCACGGGGGCCUUCGGCUCUCUCCAGAGUAUCGAUAAACCCGUCCAAGUUGAGACUUCAAACGAACCCAAGCUGUCCCGUCAUGACGUUGAGACAUCCCUCAACUACUUCAAGCCCAAUGAGGACGGCUCGCCUCCUCAUCCAACCUACGUUGGUCGCCCUGAGACUUACGACCGACCGGUCGAGUCUCACAAAGUCACCAUUCACGACAUUUCAGGCCGGGAGGCCGAGUUUUCCCUCGAUUCCAAUGGAUUCCAGAUUCAUCGACAUACGGCGCAGGAGCGCGACUUCCUCGACGACGACCAGAUCAAGGCUUCAUACUACCCCGAAACAGAGCAGCUCCUCAAGGAUGUCACUGGUGCCUCAAAGAUCUUUAUCUUCGACCACACCAUCCGCCGCCAGGCCCCUGACGCAGAGCCGAAAGGCCGAACGCUCAGAGGGCCAGUCCAGCGCGUUCACAUUGACCAGUCGUAUGCGGCAGCGCUCACGCGGGUUCCACAUCAUCUGCCCGAGCAAGCAGAUGAGCUCCUCAACGGUCGCGUGCAGAUCAUCAACGUCUGGCGCCCCAUCAAGACUGUCCAUCGGGACCCGCUUGCCGUGGCCGAAGCUGAUUCAGUCCCGGACUCUGACCUCGUCGUGACAGAGCUCAUCUACCCCGACCGCCGUGGCGAGACCUAUGCUGUCAAGCACAACAGCAGCCACAAGUGGUUCUACAAGAGUGGAUUGACCCCGGACGAGGUGCUUCUCAUCAAGUGCUUCGAUAGCAAGACGGACGGCCGGGCGCGCCGCGUGCCCCACACGGCAUUUGUGGACCCCUCGGCUCCGGAGGAUGCGCCGCUGCGGGAGAGCAUCGAGGUGCGGGCAUUGGUGUUCCAUCCGGAUGAUCGUCAGUAA